CCUCAGCUCUGUCCCAGUCUCUAGGAUAUUGAAUCUUCGGUGCUGUCAGGUUGUGGAAAGCGGUCACAGUCUGUGCUUCGUCCCCUGGAGAUACACAGAGACAAUAGCAGGUGGUUGUCAGAAUGGAAGUCUCUGUGUGUAUCUCUGUCUAUCUCGAGUCGAUGGAUAGGAACCCAAUUUAUGUGUAAAUCGUCUUCUGUCAAACUGAAAAAAAAGAGUCUAAGGUGUGUGUGUGUCGGAGGAUGUGGGGAGCAAUUCACAUAUAUUAUGUCACGCUGUAUUAAUCGCAUGAAGAAAAUGGCUCACUGGUACUUCAUGUCUCCUUUCCUCUUCCUCUUGGUUUUUGAUGGUCUAAACCAUGUCUGUGCUUUGGAGGCUGGAACCAGAGGAAGGAAAAGUACAUUGCAGCCACUAGACAGCAGCAAUAAUCUGAAGAGACAUGAGUCCUGGCCAGAUCCUCUCAGAUCUGGCCGCAAACAUGGCAUACAGAGGAAGGACAAGACCAACACCAUGGUAACCAAAGUAUUGGAGACGGACAGACCAGAUGAGGACAGUGUGGGAUUGGAGAGUCUGACUCCAGUGCGAGUGGAGACAGACAGUCUGGAAAGAACAGCAGUAAUGCCACAGGAGAGAGUUACGGGCCAGAAAGGUCAAUUUUAUCCUCAAGAGCCAGAAUAUUAUCCAGCAGGAGAGUCUGCAAAUAAAGGGAGAAAGCACAAUAGAGACCAUAAGAAACCAAAUCGGAGAGAGCGAGCCCGACACAGUAAGGGGAAACUGCCGGGCACUGAGUUAAUCCCAUUUUUAAAGGAUCAAACGCAAAACAAGGAGACAGAUGAACCUUCCACACUGCCCCUGCCAAUGUCCAGCACCAUUGUGACCAGUACAUUGCUGACCACUAUCACAACCGAGGAAGCACCUGCAACAAAGCCUAGAAGCACACGACAACAGGUUGGAACAAGAACAGCUGCUGAGGUGAACCCCACCCUUGACAUGACACUCUUUGAUUGGACAGAUUAUGAAGACAUGAAGCCAGAUAUUUGGCCAUCAGCAAAGAGAAAAGUAGACAAGCGUCGUAGCAAGAACCUGAGUAAUGGGAACCUCACCUCAAUGGCUGAAGUGGAACCAUGUGAUCAUCACCUGGACUGCCUACCUGGUUGGUGUUGUGACCUCCGGCAGCACGUCUGCAAAGCGCACAACCGCGGCCUCAACAACAAGUGCUAUGAUGAUUGUAUGUGUGCGGAAGGUCUUCGCUGUUAUGCCAAGUUCCAUCGGAAUCGGAGAGUGACCCGCAGGCGAGGACGCUGUGUGGAACCGGAUUCAGUUGACAUCGAUCACGGAUCGUUUAUUACGGUCUGAGCAGACUUCAUUAAAAGUCCAGUUGUUUCGACCCCCACAACCGGUCAAUUCUCAACUCCAACAACAACAGUGAAAAUCUUGAUGGCGCCAAGAAUGCAUGUAACUGCACUGAUAGACGAUGCCAAGUUGGCGCCGUCUGGAAUAAGGUCCUUGCAAUCACUUAGUCAAGUCCGACACAAUCAUUCCCAUUUACACCCUACACUCUAAAAACAUAAUCCAUCAAAUCCCACCAAUACCCAGAAUCCACUACCCAACUACGAUAAUUUAAUCCCCUACUGGUUUAUAUCGUCCAGUCGACUCAUUUGUUAUUUGAGAAUGUCCUGCGUCUCGUAGACACAAUAAAGUUACAUUUGUAAUAUAA